ACCGAAUCGGCAUUUGCGGACGUCACGGAGAUCCACUCCGACCUGCCUUUAGCUUAGCCUCUCAAACUCUUCCUUUAUUCAACUACAUUUGAUUUGGAUCGCGUCUGAUCCCGUUGUAAUUAGGAAGUAAGCGAGUGUUACGCCGGAUAGACAGUUGCGAAGGCUGACUGUUUAUCCGACAGCCUUAUAAAGCUCUGUGUUUAGUGAUAAGGAGUGUAUUUCACGUGUUAGCUCGAGCUGAUCUUCAGUUAGAAACAGCAGUCAUGGGCUCCAGAGCUUCAUCUUUACUCAGAGAAGAGGACAUUGAAGAAAUCAAGAAAGAAACUGGAUUCUCCCACAGUCAGAUCACUCGCCUCUACAGCCGCUUUCACAGUCUUGAUAAAGGAGAGAAUGGAGCACUCAGCCGAGAAGACUUCCAGAGGAUUCCCGAGUUGGCCAUAAAUCCUCUUGGUGAUCGGAUAAUUAAUGCCUUCUUCCCAGAGGGUGAGGACCAGGUGAACUUUAGAGGCUUCAUGAGGACUCUGGCUCACUUCCGUCCUGUGGAGGACAACGAGAAAAACAAAGACCUGUCAUCUGGAGAGCCUCUCAACAGCAGGACCAACAAACUCCUCUUCGCUUUCCGGUUAUACGACCUCGACAGAGACGACAAGAUUUCCAGAGACGAGCUGCUACAGGUGCUGAGAAUGAUGGUGGGGGUGAAUAUUUCUGAUGAGCAGCUUGGAAGCAUUGCAGAUAGAACCAUCCAGGAGGCUGACACUAACGGAGACAUGUGUAUCUCAUUCAAUGAGUUCACCAAGGUGUUGGAAAAAGUGGACGUCGAACAAAAGAUGAGCAUACGCUUCCUUCACUGAAGACCAAACGCGUUCUGAACUCUUGAGUGGAGACAAUACGUGUCAAUAUAGAUAAGACACGCCCCCAAUUCUUAUUUCUGUGGGCCGAUUCGUGCUUGAUAAACAUGAUUGCGUUGUCCUGGUUACUUCUGUUCCAAUCAUCUGUCACUCUUGAGUUGCUGUUGCACUAGAUGGACAGCAUGUCCUGGUGCCUUCACUGUUCUCAAAAGUCACUGCGGCUUUUUUCUCGUAUAUUAAAAUAUUUAUUCUAGCUGUGGGAGCAACUGUUUAAAACUUCCUAGAUGGGGAAACUAUCAUUGAUAUUAAGACUGAUGGUGCUUUUCAUCACCAUCUUAAAGGCCAAAUCUGAUGCUUCUGUAAUAAAGAAAUGAGUUUGAGAUUUUACGUGAGAAACUUUGGUUCACGGCCAUUUAAAAACAUUUAACUCCCUGGUAUUUCCUUGCAGUCAGACAUACAUCAGUUUAUUUUUUUCAAGUAAGGGUAGAUGUGGAUAAUAUUUUCUUACUUGUGAUGGAUAAUGAUCUCAAGUCUAGAUCAUUAUCUGAGAAAACAGACUCCUUGACCUCAGAAAAUGGAUUUUUCCAGUAAAUUUUCAGUGGGGUUUUUGUCUUUAUACACCUAAUGAACAGUUGAGAAAAUCAGGUCAUUAUAACAGUGAGUGAUUCUGUGCUCCCAUUUCUUUUUAAAGCGAAGUUCAUACCAAAAGAAACCGAGAUCUUUUUUUCUUUUUGUUUAAGCCACCAAAAUUUGACAUGACAACAUUUUCCAAAAUUCUAACCCUAAACAAGGCUGUAACCAUGUCUUGUACAUUGGGGGUGGGGUGGGGUGGGAGUCUUUUAAUUUAAAUGAAUUAAAUAAUUAAAAGAGAUUUAAGGGAAUAAAGAAAAAGCAAUGAGAAUGUAGAAGUUCUAGGUCUAAUUGUAGGUAUGAACUAAUCAAUUGUAACUAUUUGCAAAAUUUAUUUUCUUUUAAAAUAUGCACACAUGCAAUCUUAUUCGUAUGUCUAAUAUGUUGAAAUCAUGAUACGUUUCUGUUCUCGUCACAUUCAGUUAUACAUUAAUAUAAUGUACAUGAUACAGUUCAAAAACGGCAAAACUUGAUAAAAUUUGCAUCACUGGAUAUUACUGUGGGUCGUUUAACAUUUCUGUCGUAAAAAAAAGUUGUCAAAUAUUAAGUGUUUAGCUACUUACAUCUUAGCAUGCACUCUCAUUAAUUGAUUUGACACUUGUCUUCUGUGAAGAGUAAGGCCCGCCUUUGAUUUGAUUGGCCAUCUCAAACAUUUAGACAGUGAUGAGCACCGUUAGACCGCUGAGGUAGAUCAGACUAAGAACAUAAUUUCUACAACUUUUUGUCAUCCCAACAACAAAUAGAGUGGUGUGUAAUGGAGUACAGCAGAGCAGCUGGGGGGGAGGGGGGUAAUUUGGCCAUUUCUAAUUAUCAGGGGGACUUGUCCUCAAUGUCUAUAGUGGUUACGGUGGUCAGGGUAGACACUAUAUUGAAUUUAACACUGAUGAAAACGAGGCUGUGAGGGAUAGACUAUGGCAGCGUCUGAAAUCGCAUACUCUCUUGAGUAGGUACUUAUUUUGAAUAAGUAAUUACUUUGUGACAGCUAAAAAAACAAGUAUGUUCUAUAUAGUAUGAGUGUGUGUAGGAUGAAAGUAAUGUAUAUGUACUACAUCCUCCAUGCUGUCAUUAUCAUGUGACCUACCAGUGUCAGUUGCGUCGCUUCACUGCCAUUCAUAAAUCCUCUCCUGUGGCCUCAUGGGAUAGUAAAGUGUCCAUCUUCAGAAUCUCACCAUAAGUAGUAGGUCAUUCGGGUGCUUUUUGCCUACUCUUAUGAGUUCUGUGAAUUCUGAGACACUACUUUUGUUACAUAAUGUUUUUCACCUACUAUAUAGUAGGGAAGAAUGCGAUUUGGGAUGCAGCCUUAGCCUUUACAAUGAUAUGUACUGAAUAAAGAUUCUGGAUCAUGUCAUAUUAACAACUCACAACAUUUAAAACUGUUGUAUUGAGUUUGAAAUGUGGUUUUUUUUUGGUAAGACAUUUUGACAGCUGAAUAAUCGGUAUGUUAUGAUGUUAAAUACAGUACAAUCCAUUGAACGCACUGUAAUUCUAUGCCUUAAAUAUGGCAUUACCCUAACUAAAGUCUAAAACAGACUGAUAACUAAACAGUAUGGGAAGUGAUGUGCACCAAAGUUUGUGUUAGAAAGCAAAAUUUUGACACUUGUUUAGGAAAGUAUGUUUAUGUCAAAUUACAAUAUUUCACCUUCCGGGUAAUUAAACAACCAAAAAAUCCUGCUAGAUUUGCAUUUGAAGAAUGGACUUGAAUUAUAGAGGGACCAUACUAUAAUAGAGAUGUGCAUGGGCUCUUUUAAUUUAGACUAGUUAACAUUAAGAACACCUUAGCAACAUGGAAAAAAGACAUUUAGAACUUUUUAGCAACCCCAUAAUAACACCAACCGCCCACAAUGCCUUAGCAUCAAGUUUUGCACAGUCAGACUCCACUCAUUUUCUCCAAAAAAUCAUUUGGUCCAGUCAGUUUCAUGAAGCUAAACAGUGGUUUAGUGUUGUGUGUGUGUGUGUGUGUGUGUGUGUGUGUGUGUGAUUUGUCCAAUGUGACGCAUGUUCUCAGAAUUGUCAUGUAUCAUUAUUUAUAAGAAGGGUACUUGGAGCCAAAGUGUUGCUCCCCUACUACAUCAUCGUACUGUUAACUCCCAAUGAUGUAAACUGAUGACUGAACGCUUAAGUUCAUCAGGGUGGUGAUAAAAGUCUGGUGCAUUUUAAUGCUUGUUGACUUUGCUUAAUAUAUGAACAAAAUCAAACACUGAUUAUUUGAUUAUCAAUGCUACGAUUAAAUCCAUGUAUCACUCACAGGUACUUGAAGUUCUGUAGUGCUUCUUGCAGAUUCUUGCUUUAUGUAAAGAUUUCUUAAAUAAGUUUGAGUUGUACUUUGAAAGGUUUUCCAGAGCCUUUCCAGAGAACAAAAAUUAAAUGAACUCUUUCAAUGUGGUGUAAUAAUUAUGAUGUACAUUUAAGAUGUGGACUCUAAAUAAAAGUGCCAUGAUUCCCUGG